AAUUCUUUCAAGUCUUUUUGUUUUUUCAUUUAAAAAUAGGUCUCCGAAUGAGCUUUCCUAUUGAUGGGCGUUCGCAACUGCAUCGAUUCGCGAAAACCGUGAUCCACCGGUGCUCGUGGUCCAAUACACUCUCGACAUGCAGCGAAGGCAAAGCGAGUGCGCUGGGACGCAUCACUUCCAAUUGUCAGCGGUACUGCCUUCGAAGACGGGAAGCUAGUGGUCAGUCCUCGUCGUCAGGAUAUCGAAAGAAGG